AUGCGCUAGGACGAUUGAUUGAGGUCAUCCCCGCGGCAACCGAUGGGCAAACACAAAUAAACCGCAGGACACCUCGGAGCGAAACGCCUGCGAACCUUGUGGCCAGUAGACAGCUGACCGCGCAAUAUCCGUUUUGGAAUUUUCGGACGUGUAUGAUAAAUUCGAGGAAAGAUCAUUUCGGGAGGAAGCGUCCCGACGAUGCUGCAUAACAAUGGUCACCGCUUUCAUUCUCGAUUCGUAUAACUGGACCGUGAAGGCCGUAUUGCCGACCCGGCGUCCUACUUCUAUACUUUGAUGCCGGCUUCGAGAUCGAACUGACGAUUAUUAAGCUCGAUAUAAACACAGUUGCAGUUAAUCAAGUGGGGAAUUAAGCGUGCCAAGCACUUUUUUGAAGCGACUAACUUUGGCGCAUUUUUCCUCUCGAUGCGUUUUCGAUAUCCUUGGCGAGAACGAACGAAAGAGUUGACAUAAGUGAUAUAUGCAACUCCAAGUUUUAAUCCGUGUUGCUGAAAAUAUCUUCGAUAGACUAAGCUGAUUAUAUUUUCGCUUAUUCUUGGAAACGUCGAAUCCCGCGGCGAUUGUUCGAAGCUUUUAAUUUUCAAGUCGGAGAAUACUUGAUCAUAAUCAUGAUUUUCGAUCAUCGCUUCGCGAAGACUUUUAUGAUGCUGUACGUUAUAAUGACGAUUUGUACGGUCCACGGAGUAGGAGAUGCGUCGAGCGGAGGCGAUAAACAGAAACCGACGCGAUCAAGACCGGUGAAUCUUUUUAUAAUUAAUGGCGCAAAGAACAAAGCGGCCAACGUGAGCGUGACCGCCGCCUUGAAGGCUUUGAGAGAAAGAUAUCCGGGUCACCUAGGCAAUGUGUGGUCCGUGCAGAUCAACGAGAGUGAUUACAGCGAGAGCCUCGAUACCAUAUGCGAUGUCUGGGGCUCGGCUGUCAGCAAAGGCGGCUCCGCCGUUCCAGAUCUGGUCCUGGAUGUAACGAAAAUCGGCUUGGGCGCCGAAGCGUCAAGUUCAUUCACUGCUGCUAUGGGAAUCCCAACUUUAUCUGCCCAAUAUGGCCAAGAGGGUGAUAUCCGCUAUUGGCGAAAUCUGGAUCUUGAUCAGAAAAAUUACUUGAUUCAGGUAAUGACGCCGGGCGAUCUUGUGCCCGAGGUGAUUCGGCAGCUGGCGAUCCAAAUGAACAUUACUAAUGCCGGCAUUCUCUUCGAUCAGAAUUUCAUCAUGAAUCACAAGUAUAAGAGUUUGUUGUUGAAUGUGCCGACUAGACACGUCAUCAGCAGUCUGCAAAACUCGACCGAGUUAGUUAUGAAGCAAUUGUCGAGAUUGCGAAAUCUGGAUGUGGUUAAUUACUUUUUAAUGGGCGACGAAAAAUCCAUCGAUAUGGUAUUGGACGCUGGGAUGUCGUUGAGCUUCACCGGACGGAAGUAUGCCUGGUUCGUUUUGAGCUUGAAUGACGAAUUAUGGCCGAGCUGUCCAUGCGAGAAUAUCACCAUAUUGUUCCUGAAGCCGCAAUCGCCAAUGAUGGGCAAUCAAAGCCAGGCGGAGCCUGUCGCGAGGACAAUACUCCCAAAACCGCUCAUCACAUCCGCUUUCUAUUACGACUUGACCUUAUUGGGAGUCAGCGCGAUGAAAUCGGCUUUGGAUAACGGUGACUGGCCUUUAGAACCCCGUCAAAUCGAUUGCAACAUCUACAAUGAGACGAACACACCGACGAGAGGUCUGGAUUUUUUGGCUAAACUGAUGGCGACCUCGAAGAAUAUAACGCCGACAUACGCCGGUAUUCAUUGGGGUAAGAAAAACGGGGAGCACGGUGCGGACUUUAAGAUGGUCAUGUACAUAGUGAACAUCGAGCAGGAAAAGAUUUCGUCCAAGAUACAGAGUGGAGAAUGGCAGGCCGGCAUCGAGAUGCCCUUGCAGAUUACCAACGACGAGAUCAUGAACAAAAGCGCGGUGACAAGCUAUAGGGUGGUUGUCGUUCAGCACCCGCCUUUUAUAAUGUACGACAACGAGACUGACCGUUGGUAUGGUUUCUGCAUCGACCUACUGAAUGCAAUCCGCGAGACUGUGCCAUUUGAAUAUGAUGUGCGCGAGGUGGAGGACCGACAGUAUGGGUCACUGAACGAGAACGGCAGCUGGAAUGGUAUGAUAAGGGAACUGAUAGAUAAGCGGGCAGAUAUCGGUCUGGGAUCGUUAUGGGUGAUGGCAGAGCGAGAGAAGAUCGUGGACUUCACCGUGCCUUAUUACGAUCUGGUUGGUCUAACGAUCAUGAUGCAGAAGACAAAGACGACGACGUCGCUCUUCAAGUUUCUCACUGUGCUGGAGAGAGACGUUUGGCUCUGUAUAUUGGCCGCUUACUUCUUCACCAGUUUCCUCAUGUGGGCGUUCGAUCGUUGGUCGCCCUACAGCUACCAGAACAAUCGCGAGAAGUACAAGGACGACGACGAGAAGAGAGAGUUCAAUCUCAGGGAGUGCUUCUGGUUCUGCAUGACUUCUCUGACUCCUCAGGGCGGCGGCGAGGCGCCGAAAAAUUUAUCCGGCAGAUUGGUGGCGGCUACAUGGUGGCUCUUCGGAUUCAUCAUCAUCGCAUCCUACACAGCGAACCUGGCGGCUUUCCUCACAGUGUCCAGACUGGAAAUACCCAUUGAAACUUUGGAGGAUCUUAGCAAACAGUACAAGAUACAGUACGCGCCUACACUAAACUCGCCGGCGUACAUCUAUUUCCAGAGGAUGGCAAACAUCGAGAAUCGCUUUUACGAUAUUUGGAAAGAUAUGAGCCUGAAUGAUAGUUUAUCGGAUGUGGAAAGGGCAAAACUAGCCGUGUGGGAUUAUCCUGUUAGCGAUAAGUAUACGAAAAUGUUUCAAGCCAUGAAAGAGGCUGGCUUCCCGAGCAAUAUCGACGACGCUCUGAAGCGAGUUCGACGCGAGGGUCCGUACGCGAAUAACGAAUUCGCUUUCAUCGGAGAUGCCUCAACCAUCAAGUAUCUCAUUUUGACGAAUUGCGAUUUGAUUCAAGUCGGGGAAGAAUUUUCGAGGAAACCGUACGCUAUAGCUGUCCAACAAGGAUCACCAUUGAAGGAUCAAUUUAAUAACGCAAUCCUCAUAUUAUUGAAUAAAAGAAGAUUGGAAAAGUUAAAGGACAGAUGGUGGAAACAUAAUCCUGCGCAAAAAAACUGCGAUUUAGAAAAUGAUCAGAGCGACGGUAUCAGUAUUCACAAUAUUGGCGGUGUGUUUCUCGUAAUUUUCGUGGGCAUCGUCUUUGCUUGCUUCACACUAGCAUUCGAGUAUUGGUAUUAUCGUUAUCGUACAAAAGUUAGGGAAUUACGUAAAGAUACGUCUCCCAAAACUAAGAUGAUGAAGACAAUCAAGCCGAUAAAAUUCAAUUUAUAUCCUGCUCCCACACAUGGAAAUAAACCAGUGCAAUUUAGAUCGAGAUUUUAAGUUUCGUUACUCGGGAUAUACAAGUGAAAUAUAAAAAAAUAAGUAUAAAGUUAUCGCACAAAGAAAUAUGAAAUUAUUUUUAGACAAUGUGUUAAUUUUCUAUAAGAUUUUCAAUACGAUACUUUUCAGAUUCAUGAAUAAUCUUCAUAUUGAUGUGUCAGUUAGUGAAGCGGUUAUUGUAAUAUACAUAUGGUAAUUUUGUAGUUCAAUUUGCAUGCUCUUAGCAUGUAUCAUGUUAUACAUGUGUUUGUGGCUUUAGUUAAUUUGUCCGGAUAAAAGGAGAGGACAUAACUCGGAAUUUUUGAAUAAAUAAAUUUGUGAAGAGAUGGAAAAAUUUAGAUUUAUGUGUAAUGUUCGCAAUGCCUUUAUUUUGUCCUUUUCCAUACAUUAUUUCGUGCAAAGAUAUUUUUGCUUCCGUUUUUUUCUUAUUUGCACAUCUUUUUACACCAUUUCUCGAAGUUAAAGGGUCAAUUAUAAGUGACACAUUUCAUUCAUUGGCAUCUUUCAUCAUUCGAUUUUUGCAUAUCCUUCUUAUAAUUAUUUCUCUCAAAGACAAAAUCAAUUAUAAGUUAUACAUUUCUUUUCGACAUUAACAUCUUCCAACAUUCCAUCCUAAGGCAUUUGCAUGCUAGUAACAUUUCUUGUAUUUUUUUUUCUUUUUCUUGCGUACCUUUUUCGCGAGGUAAGCAUGUGUUUUCAAAUUACACGUUUUUUUUUUACAUGUACAUUCUCAGUUAUUCGAUUUUCUUAGGGUGAGCACAGGGAAAGCAUUGGAUACAAGGAGAUUUGGAAGAUGGGGAGAGGAAAAAGAGGAUGGAGAUGGGGGGGGAAGGAUUAAUCUUCUAGGGAGUUAAAUUAUAAUUAGGAGAAUAUGAGAUUAAGAAGAUAAUCCAUUAAUAAUUACGAAAAACAACAAGAAAAUAGAACAGCACUUUAAUUAAAUACCCGAUUUGCAAAACGUGCAGUUUUCAAAAUAAGUACUCAACUAUUCUCUCGAAUUUGUCUGAUUCCCAACUUUAAUAUCCGUUUUUUUCCCUUUUUUCAAUAAGAAUUGAAUAAGUAUACUCUUGGCCUGCACGUCGGGCGAGAAACAAAAUUGCUUGCUACAAUUUUCUAGAAAAUCAGCGUACUAAAUUCUCUCCUCAAAAAUCACAAAGUAUAAUCAACAACCUACAACUUAAAUCACGUAGACUAUGUCUUCAA